AUGGAGGUCUACAUACCACAUGAGGAGAUGUUCUACACCGACUCAGAAGGCCAGAUAUGGAAACUGAACUCUGGUGAAGUGAAUGCCAAUAUAGCACCUGCAAAGGACACGGGUGAGGAGGUGACCCAGGACUUUGCCUAUGGAGAAGCAGACCCUCUGAUCCGGAAGUGCAGGCUGCUGCCCUGGGCCCCUGCCCACAUGCUGGACCUGAGCUCCUCCACCCCCGAGCCACCCGGAGAGCACUACCAGGCCAUUUUGGAUGAAAACAAGGAGAAGCUGCCACUUGCCAUCGACCCAGUGGUGUACCCCAGCGACCACAUCUUCAAGGUCUAUACGGACAUCCAGCAGGUGCUCAGCCACCUCACCCACCCGCGCUUCACCUUCACCCAGAACGAAGCGGACACCGACAUCCUCUAUAACUUCUCUCACUUCAAGGACUACAGGAAGCUCAGCCAGAAACAGCCUCAAGUGCUACUGAACCAGUUCCCCUGCGAGAACCUUUUGACAGUGAAGGACUGCCUGGCCUCCAUCGCACGCCGGGCGGGGGUUCCUGAGGGCCCGGCCUGGCUGCCCCGAACCUUCAACCUGCGCACCGAGCUGCCCCAGUUGGUCAGCUACUUCCAGCAGCGGGAGAGGCGGGGCGAGGACAACCACUGGAUCUGCAAGCCCUGGAACCUGGCCCGCAGCCUGGACACCCACAUCACCAGGAACCUGCACAGCAUCGGCCGGCACCGCGAGAGCACCCCCAAGGCUGUCUCCAAAUACAUUGAAAGUCCUGUCUUGUUCCUUCGUGAAGACGUGGGGAGCGUCAAGUUCGACAUGCGCUAUAUCGUGCUUCUGCGGUCUGUGAAGCCCCUGAGGUUGCUCGUAUAUGACGUGUUCUGGCUGCGGUUCUCCAACCGCCCCUUUGUGCUCAACGACCUGCACAACUAUGAGAAACAUUUCACCGUCAUGAACUAUGACCCAGAAGUGGUACUGAAGCAGGUGCACUACGAUGAGUUCAUCCCCGAGUUCGAGAACCAACACCCACAAUUUCAGUGGAGGAGCGUCCAGGCCGAAAUCUUCUGGGCCUUCAUGGAGCUAUUCCAGGUGGCGUGUGCCGAGCCGCCACCCAUGGGCCUCUGCGACUAUCCCUCAUCUCGAGCCGUGUAUGCCGUUGACCUCAUGCUGAAGGGGGACAAUGGUCCAGAUGGGAAGCGAGUGAUGCAGCCACAGAUGCUCGAGAUGAACUUCAACCCGGACUGCGAGCGAGCCUGCAGGUACCACCCGACCUUCUUCAAUGACGUCUUCAGCACCCUGUACCUGGACGAGCCCAGCAACUGCCACGUCACCCGCCUCAUCUAGGCGCUCACCGGCCCCCCACUUGUGCACUUGGGUGGAUUCCAGCCUUAGCCUCUGUGGACUUCCCCCCUGCCCCCAACCCCCUCUGGGCACAGCCUGGCCUGUGAGCCACUGCCCAGCUCAGGGUCCUCCUCCCCCUGUAGGUCGUGAGCCUCAGUGCCCCCAGGCCUGAGUGCCAGGCCCCA